ACUCUUUCCGCCUUUGUUUACAACCCUGCCAUGAUCUCCCUGUUGCAAAAGCGAGGGCUACGGAACAGGCAUUCAAGUGUCCUGUGCUCCAGUAACAGCCUUUUCUGUUCUUCCGCUAGGAGACACCAAACCCUCAGGAAGAUUUACUAUAGCUAAGAGAAAACUGAAGCAGAAAGGGCGCGGCUACCUACUUCUUAAAUUCCGUUUGUGGACCCUCAGACUCUUAGUCCCCUACUCCCAGAUACAGCGGCUCUACCGUGGCUCCUGGCAAGGUGGCACCCACUUUUGUAGUGUAAGGCUGGGGGCGGGGUUUGGCUGGCAGAUCCAGGAUACGAGAUCCUGGAAGAAAGAAAAGGUGUAGUGUUUGGGGCGGUCAACGGGCUACGCUGGCUUGACAGGGCUGGGCUCUUCAGAACAGAAGCAUGGAUCUCGGAAUCCCUGACCUGCUGGACGCUUGGCUGGAGCCCCCAGAGGAUAUCUUCUCGACAGGAUCCGUCCUGGAGCUGGGACUCCACUGCCCCCCUCCAGAGGUUCCGGGCCUUCAAGAGAGUGAGCCUGAAGAUUUCUUGAAGCUUUUCAUUGAUCCCAAUGAGGUGUACUGCUCAGAAGCAUCUCCUGGCAGUGACAGUGGCAUCUCUGAGGACCCCUGCCGUCCAGACAGUCCCCCUGCCCCCAGGGCAACCAGUUCUCCUACGCUCUAUGAGGUUGUCUAUGAGGCAGGGGCCCUGGAGAGGAUGCAGGGGGAAACUGGGCCAAAUGUAGGCCUCAUCUCCAUCCAGCUAGAUCAGUGGAGCCCAGCAUUUAUGGUGCCUGAUUCCUGCAUGGUCAGUGAGCUGCCCUUUGAUGCUCAUGCCCACAUCCUGCCCAGAGCAGGCACCGUAGCCCCAGUGCCUUGUACAACCCUGCUGCCCCGUCAAACCCUGUUCCUGACCGAUGAGGAGAAGCGUCUGCUGGGGCAGGAAGGGGUUUCUCUGCCCUCUCACCUGCCCCUCACCAAGGCAGAGGAGAGGGUCCUCAAGAAGGUCAGGAGGAAAAUCCGUAACAAGCAGUCAGCUCAGGACAGUCGGCGGCGGAAGAAGGAGUACAUUGAUGGGCUGGAGAGCAGGGUGGCAGCCUGUUCUGCACAGAACCAAGAAUUACAGAAAAAAGUCCAGGAGCUGGAGAGGCACAAUAUCUCCUUGGUAGCUCAGCUCCGCCAGCUGCAGACGCUAAUUGCUCAAACUUCCAACAAAGCUGCCCAGACCAGCACUUGUGUUUUGAUUCUUCUUUUUUCCCUGACUCUCAUCAUCCUGCCCAGCUUCAGUCCAUUCCAGAGUCGACCAGAAGCUGGGCCUGAGGAUUACCAGCCUCACGGAGUGACUUCCAGAAAUAUCCUGACCCACAAGGACAUAACAGAAAAUCUGGAGACCCAAGUGGUAGAGUCCAGACUGAGGGAGCCACCUGGAGCCAAGGAUGCAAAUGGCUCAACAAGGACACUGCUUGAGAAGAUGGGAGGGAAGCCAAGACCCAGUGGGCGCAUCCAGACCGUGCUGCAUGCAGAUGAGAUGUGAGCUGGAACAGACCUUCCUGGCCCACUUCCUGAUCACAAGGAAUCCUGGACUUCCUUAUGGCUUUGCUUCCCACUGGGAUUCCUACUUAGGUGUCUGCCCUCAGGGGUCCAAAUCACUUCAGGACACGCCAAGAGAUGUCCUUUAGUCUCUCUCUGCCUGAGGCCCAGUCUGCAUUUGUUUGCAUAUAUGAGAGGGUACCUCAAAUACUUUUGUUAUGUAUCUGUGAUUUUAUUUCUUCUUCGGGGAUAGGGUUGAGGGGAAAUAAGUUUUGAGUGAGAAAUAAACGUUUUAGCUGAAA